UCAACUACCAGCAUCCCUACAACCUACAACUUACAAGAGUAGUUCCAUACCUUACUAUACCUUUCGCGAACAACGGGAUGAUAAAGCGAGAGAGAGGAAAAUAACGUGGUGGGUUAGCGUCGUCGCGACCGGGAUACGAACCAACAGGUGAUGCCAGAGACACUCCCUUGGACUUGUUUCUUUCUUAAACACCAACGUCACGGUUCCUGUCGUAGGCUAACAAAAGUCACGCGUGUUACUCAUCAUCGCAUUUUACAAUUCGAGUAACCUUCACUAAAAUUAUUUAUUAGUUUCCGAUUUUCGAUCUUAAAUAUUAAAUAUUAAACAUUAAAUAAUGUUUUGUGCUUAAAUCUUAUUUCAUACAAUUGAAAGUGGAUUAUUCGAACGUGAAACUCGUUUCUUUUAAGAAAUGUGCCAAGUGAAUUUAAAAGUGUCAUUUAUCGAUAUUAAAAUUAAUCCGUAUUAUUGUUGUCAAUCAUAGUAAUUAUAAAUAUUUAGAAAAGUAAAUGAGUGAAUUAUUGUAUUAUAUCAAAAAUCUUAAAGAUGAAAUAGAAACUAAAGCGGUCGCUUUCAACAGAAUCGAUCCACGUGGGAUUAGAUCCUUGUUAGUUUGCCUGAAGGUACCGCGCUUUAGGUUCAUAUAUUUGAAAUAUAUGUAUAUGUAUAUGCAUAAAUAUAAAUAUACUCGCAUCGAUAGAAGUAUGGAAGUAUAAAAUUUCAGUUUGAGUUGCGAGUUUUUGAGAGGAAACUUUUUACUUUUUGUUGCAAGAAAAAAAUUCGACUUUAUUUUUUUUUUUUUUGGAAAAGUUUAAAGAGAAUUUUAUAUUUGAACUCGGAUCGAUUGAAUUUUUUUGACAGGUUAAAGUUAACAUGUGACAGGCCUUAAUUAGUUUUGUUUAACGGAAAAAACUGCUUAUUCAGAAUAAAAGGAAAAUCGGAGCUAAACGCGAGUAUCAUUAAAUCAAAAUAUGAGAAUCGCUUCCAACCCCUGAGGAAUUCGUUUUAUAAACGAUGGCAAGCAAGAAGCAUACGAGGAGCCCAUAAUAAAUUAACUACGGGAUCAGGUCGCGAGGGUAAAAAGUUUUAGGAGCGUGCAGGAUGCCCCAGGGGAGCAUUCAUUGGCAAGGGACUGAAAGGAGACCCUGCGGUCCUGGGGCACAGUGGAAUGUUCAGGUCGUACGAGGUAAAGUGACCACAAGGUGUCUCUGGCACGCUUGUAGAGCUUUGGGAAUUGGAUUACUGCUGAUGCUUUUAGGAGCUUGUAUGGCAACUAUUGGCUACUACGCAGAUCAGUUAUCCGUGGCGCAAGAGAUUAGAGGUAACAUGACGAUCAGAGUGAAGAAUGAAUCGAGGGGGUUUCAUCUCAAUAAUCUCAGCUACGCUGGACCUAUUGUCAUGGGAGUUGGAGGUUUCAUAGUAGUGGCAGCCUGUGUAAUGACAUUCGAGGCUCGUGAUAGCGCAGCAAAAGUCGUACCAGCGCGUUACCGUUUCAAUCAAAAUUCAUCAUCAUCAAUAAAAUAUUCACGGAACCAGCGGCCCCGUCGGUCAACAUCAUGCCAAACGACGCGGUGGGACCAUCACAUGGGUCUAUUUCGGGAAAAGCGUAGCCCAAGUCCAAGUGUUCACGAUAUAGCACGGAAACAAUUGACGGCGGAGUUUCUUCGAUUCUCGAAAAAUCUCCAUGACAAGGACAAGCCGAGUCAUCCGCUGAAAAAAAGCCCAAGUGCGCCGUCUUUGGUGAUGAAGAAGUCCCCUUCUAAAAGGAAAGCCUCUAAGUUUUCUGGUUGUGCGCUUUUAAAUCCAGAAUUACUUCAAAGACACGCUUUGUCAGUCGACAAUCCACACUACAGUCCUCCACGAGUCAGUCGAGAAAGCCUUGAGCACAAUAAAAUGAAUGGCAGUCAAGUUUCAAUGGCUAUGGAUCUUUAUAUUCCUAACAAAGGACCUGUUACGCUUAAAGUUAAAGACAGAUCGGAUACCGCGAGACGACAUCAGCUGUUACGACAGACUAAAAUUGAGGACCUUGAUGAGGAAGAAGCUAGACGAAUCCUCGCCAGAAGAAAACAACAUUCUGACUCAAUAGCUUACCCGCUGGGUGCAUGCACGAAACUUCCCGUGGACUUGGUUAUGGCACGUAAAAGAGCAUCCAUAGACGUGCGAUUAACCGACGAGCAUGGGACCACUGGAUUACUCACCCGUGGAAACACUUCGCCCCGGGACUUUCGAAAGUCACCCUCCUCUAAUUUUCGCAACAUGUCCUUUGAUAGGAUAAGUGCCUCCGAGCGGCGACCAGAUCGGUCGGGACGAAAAUCCAGUCUUGAUUUCCGGAAGAGUCCCGACUUUCGGAGAUUCGAUAUUAGACGAUUUAUAGAUGAACUUGAUCAACGAUCGGAAUCAAGUACAACAGAGAGUAUUCACCAGCGACAAAAAUUGUAUCAUUCGAGGUCUGACGACAACAGACGCACUUCAUUCGAUCGAAAUCGUCGCGAUUCCCAAGUAAGCCGACAUUCAUUGAAUGUACCUGUUGUUGUCGAAGGAUGUAGUCCUGAAUACGAGCUCAAGUAUCACGAUACAAGUUCACUGGAGAAAGAUGAAAUACGCUCAACUUUUUCCGACGACAGUCGCAGUACCGACACUAAAGAAAAUCAAGUAAGUGUCACCGUUUCUAUCGAGGAGUAUCCUGUUGACGUUGAUAUGCCAUUUACCCUUGUCGAGGAACCAGAGUUAGAAAAUAAUGCAACCAAUAAUGAUAACGAUAAUAAUAAUAAACCGUCGAGUAUUAUCAAUGAAAACGAUGAUUCCAUCAAAUUCAUCGACAGAAGUUGUGAGGAUGAUAAUGAAAUUGUUCUUGACGUCGAAGAGUGAAAACGUUAUUGAUAAAUUUUUUAUAAAAACGAACAACAAAAAAAACGUUAUGUACGUUCAAUAAAGUAUUCUAAUAAUUUUUUAGAUUAUUAAAAUUAAAUUAAAGUUAAUAUUUGAUAUAAAAAGAACGUUACCAGUAAGCUUGUACAAAGCUGAAGAAUUUUAAACAAAAAUAAAUAUCAGUAAUUAUUUUAUAAUAAUUAUACUGAUUAAAUUGUCAAUUUGAACAUGAAUUGUUGAUUAAAAAUAAAUAUUGUUGAUAAUGUGUAAGUUUAAGCAAAGCCACUAACAUGUAAAUGUCUUCACUUCUCAAUGCCUUCUAAUCAAAUGUAACAAUAUAAUUUUAUAAAAGUUGCUAUAUAUUGUAAGACUUUCCUGAAUUGCGAUUUAGUAAUAAGACAAUCACUAACCAUCAAUUUUUUCUAUUUUAUUUAAAGGGGCCGCUAACUCGAGUCAAAAUAAUUUACAUAAAUCAUUCUUACACGGAAAAAAAUAAUCGGUAGGUCUACCGAUUUUUACGGUCGAAAUUACUGGUAAGAUCCGUUGACUCUACUGGAAAUAUCAGUUUUAAUAAUGAAAAAAUACAGAUUCGACAUCAAUUAAAAAUAAGCUCAUAAUCAUAAUACUAAAAUAAAAACCUCACCUCUAAAAAAUUAAAAAUGGUACUUGGUAAGUUUGGAUCCAAGUUUAAAUAACUUGCCUACAGGUAUAACAUUAAUAUAAACUGAAAAAAAACUUCAACUUGAAUCAAGAGAAAAAUUCUUGAACCAAGAAAAUAAUUUUGAAGAGUUUCAUUGCCUUGAAUCAAAACGACAAGUUCUUCGAUCAAGUAAAAUUCACUUAAUCUAAAAGAAUUCCUUGGUUUAAAAAUUUUCUCACCCAAAUCAGGAGAUAAAGUUCUUCAAAAUUGUUUUUUUCAUUCAAGUCAAAUUUUUAUUAGAGUGUAAGAGAGGGAAAGUCGGUGAAACUGGGUAUUCAAUACAUAUAGUAAAAAAAUUCUUUUCUUUCCAAAAGCUUUCAAAGUGUUCAAAAUUAUUGCUUAAUGUUAUUUUCUGUGACUUCGAGACUUCUGUGACUUCGACUUGAGAAAAAAAAAGUCUCAGUUCUGAAACUGUCGUUCAAUUUUUGAUGUGACUAUUGUUUACUAAGAUACUAAAAUUGAAAAAUAAAAGAGUAUUAUUUAAUUUAAAGCCGGACAUUUUUUGCGAGAAAUCGAUGUAUAGAAACGUCAGAAAAAUUAAGUUGAAGCUCAAUAAAAAGGCUAUCAGGUGGACGGGAUGGUUUAGCUGAAAAACAUUUUCGUAAGCGCAUAGACAAAAAAAAAUGCAAAAAUUUACACAUUUUUUUUUUCGUACUAUUCCUCAAAUUUGCAUAAGAACUCUAAAAAAUUUCGAACGAAAGAUCCCAUAAUUAAAAUCUUAAGUAAAAAAAAAACUCUUCUUGUAUCUUGAUAUCAAUUUUUGAUAUGAUCAGUUUAUUUAUAAUUGAUGUAGAAUCUGUACUUCUUCAUUAUUGAAAUCGACAUUUUCGGUAAAGUCAACGGAUUAUACCAGUAACUUUCAUAGAAAAAAUCAGUAGUCUCAACCAAAAUAUAAUCUGUAACCUUCACCGAAGAAAUUGGUAGCCGCUACUAAAACAUAAUCGGUUGAGUCAACUGAUUGCCAAUCAGUAGACGCUACCGAUUUUUUUUUCCGUGUAUGUAAACUAAAAAACUUGAAUUGAAAUCACAAGUAUUGUAGAAAUACAGUAGCAAGUUUUUAGAAUUGAAAAACUAAAAAUGAACACUGUAUGAUUUUUCUUUCCGUAAAACGUUUUUAGCUAGUAUUAAUAUUUUUUUUUCAAUUUGCCAAAAAAUGUAUUGAGUCAAAAUCGUUUCAAGUUUCAAGGAAUAAUAAUAGAAAUAAAAAUUAUUGGUGACAUAAAACCAUAAGUCUGAUAAAAACUAUUAUGUUAUAGUGUAUUGUACAAAUUACUUUAUUGCGAGUAAUUCUAGCCUAUUUGUGAAAAUAGAAUAUGGGUAAUGCACAAAUUUGGUGAAUAAAUUUUGUAUACAAAUAUUUAACGAUUUAAAUUUAAUACCUACGAUAUUUAUUACUGUAUUUAUGCUGAUGAAUGCAAAAUAUAUAUUCAUCUGUUAAAACAAUGAAUGACAUAUCUAUGCUACAUCAAUUUCUUUCGUAUUUACGCAUCAAUUCACAACAAAAAAAUUAAUUUUUUUUUUAAAGUAAAUCAACACUAUUAUAUUUUUAUACAUUUUGUUUUAAGCUCUUGAAACAGUUAUUGAACAGAUUUGAAGAAAAUUUUAAGUUAUAGAUUGGGUAUGUAGAACGUUUAUUUCAAAUUAAAAAUAUUUUUA